AUGGCCUACCUGAGCUCGGAGGACCUGCACGCCGCUGCGUCGGCGCUCGCCGCCGCUCCGCUGGCCCAAGAGUUCUGCCUCUUGUGCUUCUUUUGCCUGGGCUUCCUGCUGUGCCGCACGAGUGUGGUGAAGCGCUUGCUGAGCCUCGAGCGGUUUCUGGGCCUGGAACUGGCUCAACUGGCUCACCCCGCGGUGGACCGAACCGACUGGUGGUCGAGGCUUCCGCGGAUCGGCUCCGGGACCUUGCUGCAGCUGCAUCAGCAACGCCGCUAUGAGGAGGUCUUGGAUGCCUGGCCGACCCUGGAGGACUUCACCCCGCAGGCCUUUUCUGCCGUGGUCGAUGCCCUCCUGGCGCUGGACAGGCCGGAAGAUGUGGGUCUGUUCUUCUACAAGGCCACGGUGAACUUGCGCCACUUGAGGAGUUCUCUCCAUGAGUCCAUUGGGAAGAUCGAGCAGAGCCAGGUGCCCCUCGAGCGCAUCUCCGUGGCGCUGCGCGAGGUGUUUGAAAACAGAGAACCACUUGACGUACGAGCCUGGCAAGAGUUGUUGGUUGCUUUUGCCAAGACCAACGACACAACCUACGCCGAUGCGCUGCUCGACCUCUGUCCUGAGCCACUUCCGUUGGACAUUUUGCGGCGCUCCGUUGAAGGCUUCCUCUCGUGUAGCAACUUGGAGGCUGCGAUCCGUUACCUUCAGAAGGCGGAGGAGCUCCAUGGCCUCGAGGGGCAUUUCCAGGAUCUGGUGGCCGAGACGGCCUAUGCGGUGGAGGUGCGGGUUGAAGGGUUGGUUGAGGAUGUGCACGCUCUUGGCCCUUGGUGGGCCCGGUACGCGUGCGGUGGCGCCGGGCCUCACGGCCUGCGCGCUGCGCGUCGCUGCCGAGCCCGGUGGCCGAGAGCUGUACCAUGCAGCCGUCUCCUCCUGGCAAGGCCCAGGCACAAGCCUUGA